AUGGAUGCACUGCCACAAAGAUGGAUGAAUGCAUUACCAUGGAUGCAUUACCACGAAGUUGGAUACACUGCCACGGAGAUGCACUAUCCGGAAGUCUUACAAGCGAGAAAAGUUAAAGGAACACUCCAGUUUUACUUUGAAAAAGAAGUAAAAAGUCAGAGAAGAAACUUUGAAGAAAGAAAGCUAAAGAAACAUCACGCGCAACAUUCUCACCACUGUAGUAUGAGUAUUCAGAAAGAAGUGUGGGAAGAAAAUUAA